GCAGGACUUCUUCCUCUGAGCCCCGGCGUCUCUCCUCCCUCGGCAGCCUGCUGGAUGAUCAGCAUUGGCAUCAUUUAGCGGUGGAGCGGCGCAGCGCUCACCUCAACCUCACUGUGGACAAACACACGGAGAGGAUUCAGAUCCCUGCUGAGUUCAGCCACUGGCACAUCCAGCAGCUGAUUGUCGGGGCAAUCCAGUACCCCGUCUCAAAGAGGAACUUUCAUGGCUGCCUUGAAAACCUGAUGUACAACGACCUCAAGCUGAUAGAGUUAGCCAAACACGAGGACCACAAAGUUACUGUCAUGGUGCGUCCCAUUUUCCUGUUUCCUUUGUGGUGA